AGUCAACAAAAUUUAGUUCUUUUGAUUAUUUGCCCUUAAUGAAAACGUAAACAACACGAUGCGUCUUGAAAAAUGUUAUUUUUGCUCGUCCACAAUAUACCCAGGCCAUGGUAUUGAGUUUGUAAGGAACGACUGUAAGAUAUUUAGAUUCUGUCGUUCAAAAUGCCACAAGGGUUUUAAGAAGAAGCGUAAUCCCAGGAAAGCUCGCUGGACAAAGGCCUAUAGAAAGGCGGCUGGAAAAGACUUGGCUGUGGACCCUUCAUUUGAGUUUGAAAAGCGAAGAAAUGUACCUGUAAAAUAUGACAGACAGUUGUGGACAACUACAGUGAAAGCUAUGCAGAGAAUAUCUGAAAUCAAGACAAAAAGACAAAAUCAGCAUAUCCUUAAUAGAUUAAAGAAAGGCAAAGAGUUGCGUUUGGAAGCAGACAAGCUGGAGGUCCAGAAAAACAUUCAUUUCAUCAAGUCUCCUGCAGCUCGUUCAGUCCAACUGGAGAAGAAGCUUGUGGAGGUCAUUCACGAGGAGGAUGAGGAUAAGAUGGAGGAGGUAUAGGCCACAUCCCUCCCUGACCUUGGACACUUGGGGCGUACAACUAUUGGGGCGUACAACUAUCUCUACCAAACAUCACUUAUUAUUGAAAAUGAAAUGUUUUUUCUCAGACAGUUUAUUUUGCAAAAUAUAUAAACAUGUAGAUCUUUAUUGUUGAAUGAUGGGGCUACUGUGUGUGACAACUGUUUAUACAUUUCAAACAGGAGAGAUUUAAGUAAAAAGGAGAGGAAAAAAAAUACAUUUUUUGCUUUAUUCCAUAUGCAGCGACUGAGUUAGAUAUAAUACUGUUAUAAUGAUGUUGCUUGCAAGUUUUUGUAGUAAAUUUAUAGGUCAGUA